UGCCUUUUAAAACCUGCUUCGGGCAAAUGUGUGUAGAAGGGAGGCGCGUUAUUUCAUUAAACUGUACAUUUAAACGCGAAUAAUCGGGAAUAAAGUCCCACGCAACAGAUGACCAUGAGUCUUCAUAAUAGUGUAGUCUGGCAAAUGUGGAAAUGGUAGUUUUAAACAAAAUGCUACAUUUUCUUUUCUUUUUAAGAACUACACACAAUGUAAAGUACGUGUCUUUGUGGCCGCUAGACCGCUCUCCUUGUGCCACGGUUUAAAUGCCCAGAUUAGCUAUAUAAACAAUUCGUGGCGAUCGGAUCCGCCGCGUUGAAUGAAACGGUGCGCCGGAGUGAUGUAACUGUCUCCAGCCUAGUUUGUUUCCAGUCUUACCACGUUUAAGUUCUUAUGGUUUCUGGUUGUUGAAUUGUUUCGCGGUAUUGUCCAGCAUGACUCGACUUAAAUGAAAUGACCUUAUUCUGAGGCGUGGGAAGGGGGGAUCUCCAUUGAUGGAUAACAAUAGCCGCGAGUUGGAGCAGACGAGACAGAAGGAUCACUGCCUAGUAAAAGUCCAGCCUGAACCCCCGAAAAGUUUAUGAGUCGAGGAGCAGACAAGCAGCAAAUGUACAAGAUAAAUUAACACGUACACUGUGCAUGCGGGCUCCCUUCACCGGCCUGAAAAAGCGCAAAUAACGCCCACAGAGAGCUGACUUUGUUCCUUAGGAAUGAGUAAGCUAUGAAUUGACCCUUAUUUUGGUUAUGUCCUGCAGGAAAGAGCAGAUGUAAGACAUGGGUGGUUAGUGAAGAGCUAUUAAGAGCAAAUAAGGAGAGGGUUGAUUUUGCAUCAUACUAAGGCAUGAAACUGCAGUACAGCCUGAUACUGUUGUAUUUCCUGUAUAUUUAAGAAAGUAGGAACACAUAAAAAAAUACUAUUUGACAAGAACUCAGAUCCUGUUUGAAGGACAAGCAAGCUAUCUCAGUAAGUUUAAUAUUAUUAUUUGUUAUAAUGAUCACACUUGCUGAUUAACUUUUUGUUUUGAUCCACUAUUUAAAGGCAAAGCCCUCCCCCCACCCCCCAGAAGUGGCGUUGGCCGACAGUGGCUUUCCUGAGCUCCCUGAGCGUUUCUUUGUCUCUGCAUCAUGUCCAUGUUUUUCCGGCUCUUGUGACGUUUCACACGACUUUUAUACGAGUCACUCCACUGAUAACUAUUGUUCCACAACUGGGUGGUCGCGGUUCUCGGGAAUGUUCACUGCUGUCCACCAAUGCUUUUUAUGUGAGAUUUUUAUGGGAAGAGGGUUCGGAUGGCAACAUACCAUCUGCUGGAGAUGAUGUGCCUUAACGACAUGCAGUAUGCAGUAUGCAGUAUGAGAAAAAUAUACCCAGAAUUAUACAGCAUCUCUGAAAGCUCCUGUGAAUUAAGUCCAUGGGAAAAUACCUCAUCUUUGAUAACUCAGGGGAUUUAGUGGAUUAUAAACAGUCAAACAGGCGUGUUUAUCUUGAAAGGGUGUGGUUAUCUAGAGCAUGCACACGAACGGAUGUGCCGUGAUAAAAUGAGCUCUCUCUCUCUCUCGUCUUUCGUGUUACUGUCUGAAGAAGUUUGAUCUCGUAUUCUGUUUUGUGUGUUUGUCAAUCACUUUCAAUGGCCGUCAAUUUUAUCUUCAGAUCCAGAACAAAAGGCUGCCGCCAUCUUUCUGCUGCCGUGAGGUAACAUCUGUGAGACAGAACCAUGAUUCCCGUUACGGAAUUCCGCCAGUUUAUGGAACAGCAGCCGGCGUUCCGGGUGCUCAAACCGUGGUGGGAUGUCUUCACAGACUACCUCUCCGUGGUCAUGCUCAUGGUCGGCGUGUUUGCGUGUACCCUGCAGAUAAUGCAAGACAAAAUCAUCUGCCUUCCACAAAGAGUACCCCCACCAAACCAGACUGUGGCCUUGUCAAAUCCCAGUGAUGGGACACUGGCCAACUCCAGUGCCCCCCCUGCACUAGCAGUUAAUGAAAUGAAAGGCCUGAAGACUAACCUCGAUUUUCAGCAGUACAACUUCAUCAACCAGAUAUGUUACGAGACGGCACUGCACUGGUACGCCAAGUACCUUCCCUACCUAGUGCUCAUACAUACCAUGAUCUUCAUGGUUUGCAGCAAUUUCUGGUUCAAAUUCCCAGGGUCCAGCUCCAAAAUAGAACACUUCAUUUCCAUCUUAGGGAAGUGCUUUGACUCGCCCUGGACCACCAGGGCUUUGUCAGAAGUUUCCGGGGAGAAACCAGGGGACAAGGGUAAAACGAUGGUCACGCAGAAGUUCAGCAUUCAUGAGGAUGUGACUACGGACAACACGGAGGAAGAGGAGUCCGUCAGGUCCAUACCGGAGAAGGUGGUCGUCGACAAGCCAGAUGCUGGAGUCCUGGACAAAAAGGAAGGCGAACAAGCUAAGGCCCUGUUUGAGAAGAUCAAGAAGUUCCGUUUGCAUGUGGAAGAGGGGGAUUUGCUUUACAUCAUGUACGUUCGCCAGAAUGUUCUCAAAGUGCUCAAUUUUCUCCUCAUCAUAGGAUACAACUGUGUGAUGGUGUCAAAAAUGGAGGUCAGAGUAAACUGUACGGAUAUCCUGGAAAUGACUGGUUACAAAAAUUUCUCGUGCAAUCACACUAAGGCCCAUUUGCUCUUCAAGCUAACUUACUUCUAUCUGUGCUUGGUGGGCGUCUACGGAUUCACUUGUCUUUAUACGUUGUACUGGCUCUUCCACCGGUCCCUCAAGGAAUACUCUUUUGAGUAUGUGCGCCAGGAGACGGGGAUCGACGACAUUCCCGACGUACGGAACGACUUUGCCUUUAUGCUCCACAUGAUCGAUCAGUACGACCCUCUUUACUCGAAGAGGUUCGCCGUGUUUCUGUCAGAAGUCAGCGAGAACAAGCUGAAGCAGCUGAAUUUAAAUCACGAGUGGACGACGGAAAAAUUACGGCAGAGGUUGCAGACCAACGGCAACAACAGGCUGGAGCUGCAGCUCUUCAUGCUCUCUGGUCUUCCAGAUACUAUUUUCGAAGUAAGCGAGCUCCAGUCUUUGAAGCUGGAGAUCAUAAACAAUGUCACCAUACCAGCAUCGAUCUCCCAGCUAAAGGAGCUGGAAGAACUGGCUUUGUACCAGUGCUCCCUCAGCAUACACAGUGCUGCUAUUUCCUUCCUGAGGGAAAACCUCAAGGUGUUGCAUGUCAAGUUUGACGACAGCCGGGAGUUGCCGUCGUGGGUCUAUAGUCUGCGCAACCUGGAGGAACUGCACCUCAUUGGCUCCCUGAGUCCCGACAUCUCCAGGAGCAUCACGCUGGAGUCCCUGCGCGAGCUGAAGUGUCUCAAGACCCUCCACCUAAAGAGCAACCUCUCCAAGAUCCCCCAAUCAGUCGUGGACGCGUCCAGCCACCUCCUCAGGCUCUAUAUACACAACGACGGCACCAAGCUGGUCAUCUUCAACAACUUGAAGAAGAUGGUCCAUCUGGUGGAACUCGAGCUGGUGCACUGCGAGCUGGAGAGAAUUCCCCACGCCAUCUUUAGCCUCACUAACUUGCAAGAGCUUGACCUGAAAGAAAACAGCCUCAGGUCCAUCGAGGAGAUCCUCAGCUUCCAGCACUUGCGGAAGCUCACGUGCCUGAAGCUGUGGUAUAACAGCAUCAGCCACAUCCCUGAGCACAUCAAAAAGCUGGGCAGCUUGGAACGCCUUUAUCUAAGCCAUAAUAAGAUUGAGGUUCUCCCCCCCCAACUUUUCUUGUGCCAUAAGCUGCGAUACAUCGAUCUGUCUAACAACGAGAUCCGAUUCAUUCCCCCGGAGAUUGGUGUCCUUCAAAGCCUUCAGUAUUUCGCAGUCUCCUGCAACAAGAUCGAGAGUCUCCCAGAUGAACUGUUCUUCUGCAAAAAAUUGAAAGUCCUUAAAUUAGGCCGGAACCUGCUGACUGUGCUUUCUCCAAAGAUAUCAUACCUGGCUUUGCUGUCACACUUAGAACUCAAGGGCAAUCAUUUGGAGAGCUUGCCACCUGAGCUUGGCUCCUGUCCGGCUCUGAAACGCAGUGGCCUUUUCGUGGAAGAUACUUUGUUCGAAAUGUUGCCUUCUGAUGUCAGGGAACAACUCGGGGAUGACUGAUAUCACUCCAAAUGUCUUAAGUGGAUGAUUAUGAAUGAUGCACAGUGGCAGUUUCUACAGGUGUAUUAUUGAACCCCAGUGUUACAUAUAUAAUUCAGGAGUCCAAGUAAACCAGACUGUCUGUAUCUUCCUUUAGUAGGUAGCCUACGUUUAGUAAAAAUGUAUUACUCUGCAUUGCAGACGGUUUUUGGCUAGAAGCCAGGACAAUUUCCAUGAAUUGAAGAAGGAAUCGUGAUCUGAGUAUAUAAAAGCAGAACCUGGUAAUAAUACCGGCUGCCAGUUCGACGUGGAACUGCCUUCAUCAGACCAUGGGCACUGAAAAAGAUUUCAAGACUUGAACUUCAAGAAUUUCUUCAACUUGAACCCAUUGACCAUUAAGAAUAGUAUCUACUGGAAUUUUUAAAUUAUGCUUUUUGGAAUUGAUUUUUUCCCCCUGUACCUUAUGUUGUACUAUCAUCCAUUCACUGACUGAUUCCUUUUCCAAAGGACAGUAAUGUUUUUUCCUUGGAAGUCAUCACACGUAGCUUGUUGGUACCAAUACAAAUUAUUUUAAUUUUCCUCUGCUUAUUGGAUAAUGGGGGUAAAACAAUUGUUUCACUGUCUAUUCCACACUAGCCAUAGCUAGUUUACAGAAUACCAGGUACCUAUCCAGGAUAGUUACGUAUCAGUCUUACGUUUUAUUGUGCCAUCGGUCCAAAUGGGUUUUUUAGUCAGGGUGUAUUGGGUCGUAUCUGGUUGAUUCAGCUGUUUAGGUAAACAUGUUAUGUUUAAAUCAGCAGCAAACUGUGCGUGUUGAGUGCAGAUGCGACUCCAGAUUUCUAACUGGCAAUGUAAACUUAUCUCCUGAUCAGCCCAGUAGUCGCCAUCAUGUGGCACAAAAAACAGUUCAUGCUCACGGUAGAUUUUAUGUUUUCAGUUCCUGCGUAGGAAAUGGGUUUGGGUGCUUUUUACUGUCCAUAUGUAAGUGUUUAACGUUGAUACCCUGCUGUUCCUGCAAUUUACUCAGAGGACAAACCAAGCUGAUUUUAGGGGGAGGGCUGUUGUACAGAUUUUUCCACUAUUUGCACAGUUACUCAUAUUCCUAGAAUCAAAACAAUGAAUUGCUGGUUUAUGGGCGGCGUGAGCAUUCGAGACGCUUUCAUGUAGCCUGCUUUGGCAGACAAUGCAUCCACACUGACAUGUAGGGUUUUACCCUCUUUGCUUGUCUGUAGAUGAGUGUCUGAUUUCCCUCACAAAGACUCCAAUAUAAGCAGAUACUGAUGUGUAAUUGGAAUAUCUGACUGGAGUCAUUUGCCAUUGGACAGCCUGCAGAAAUAGUUAUAAAACAUAUAAAUAUAGACUGAUUUUUGGGAAUUGCUGUACCAGAACCAAUCGCACUGUGCUGGUAAACAGGAACUUUUUAUUCCAAUAGUUGCUUUUUACCCAGAGGAAGACGUUUUAAACACUUAGAGCUAUUUUCGUCUCUUUACGUGAUUCAUUAUAUCUGAUGUUGCUUGUAAAAUUCAGCCCAUAAAUUACCCUGCCAAGUCUGCGAUCUGCAACGUGACUUACAAUGUAAUAGCGAGACCCAGAGAGCAGACCGUCGUGCUGGUGAAUGGAGAGAUGGGUAAAGAGACACCCUUGUGGGGGGGGGGGGUGCAGCUCCCUUUAAAUCCCUUACAGCCUGAGGACUGGAAGGCAAGACUAAAGUGGGUCGUUUUGUUGCCGCAAAUAAAGUUAUUUGACCUGUAUGUGCUCUGACACACAAAGGCUGCACCCACUAACAGACUGUUUAUAUCUUUCUGUUCUGCUAGCAGGCUAAACCCGCAUAGAAACCUUUAACCUGCCUGAAAGUUGAAGAAUACUGUCAAGCUAUAAUCUUUGAUUAGACUGGAUAGAUUUCCCUGAAUUAGUGCUGCGUGGAGGGACAAGAACCUUAGUGUAGGUACGGUACUUGUGGUAAAUGACAUUUUGAUGUAGUUUGUUGCUGUUUUUACAUGAAUAGUUUGAACCAAGAUAUGCGUAUUACAUGUGUAGGUAUUAGAUGAUGACCAGGGGCCUGUUUCACGAAGCAGGAUUUCUUGCUUAGCCAGAUAGCUUGUCAGAUUUAAGGUAGCCUAGGUUUAAUGGCCUUUAUCUUUGUUCGCUUAUGUUUAGCCCAGACUACCUUAAAUCCAAUAACUUAUCUGGCGAAGCACAAAGUCCACCUUGGUGAAACAGGGCCCUGGGGUUGGUUAAAUCUUGGUGGAGGAACCUGGUCUUGCGAAGGGUGCGGGAGAAGACGAUGCAUUUCAGCACUCUGUGGUGGAAAACAUGCGUAAAGGCGGCAUUAAAAUGGCCAGUAUUAUGUACAGAAUUCCGAAUUACAAAGUCAAUACGGUAAAGGAAUAUUUUGUAAAUAUAAGGAUGUAAGAGACCAAUAUAGUGGUAUUUGUAUUGUAAGCAACUUGCUGAAAGCUUCACCAGUUUACAUAUAAAGAGAGACUGGCUGAACCCAGCUGAACAUUUAGUCUCCUUAAAUCUUGUGAGUAUCUGGCGAGACGUUCCCCUGCAGUCCCAGUCGAGUGCUGAUGUUUCUUUGCCCACUAAUGUUACCAAAACAGUGACCCGGCGCUGAUUUCAUAUUCCAAAGACGAGUUACGCACUGGCACCCUGAUUACCUCGCUGUAUUUUCUAAAAGUGGCAAUUAUGUCAUUACCCAUUUUUUUUUAGUCGUCAAAGCCAAAUAGUAACGCCUUCCGCGUUAAUCACUGGGUGAAACGGUCGGUUUAAUACGUUAAGCAUCUGCUUACUGUGCAUGAGAGGAGGGGGUGGGUCUCUGCUGUCGGCUGAGGGGCACACAGAAGGUCGCUACUGGUGAGUGUUUUCCCAGGCGACGACGGGCUCCUGCGUACUGCUACUCUCUGCCUCUGAAGCGAUCAGGGAUGCCUCACACAAACACACAAUGCAACUUUUGCAACAUUUACAUUUCUAGUCCAAAGAUGUGGUUAUUUGUUUUUUUUUUUUUAAGUAGGAUUCUACAAAGUAGAUUUUUUAAAAAUAUAUAUACACAGGUGCAGUGCUGUUUUCAUGGUAGUUAAUCUAUUUCAGGCAAUAUUCUCUUUAAAGCCAAAAUGUACUGACAUGGUCUCAGGUUUGCACUGAAAAUGUUUCUAUAGAGCUUUUCUGCUGUUUAAGAAGCCAAACAGUGGUGGAUACACUUUCUUGAUGCUUAUAAUACUCAUCCCAGCGCUGUGAGCUCUCGUAGCCUGAGUGGUAUCUUACCUCACAUCACAUCACCAUUGAUGUAGCCUGUCACACUUAGGCCUCUGCUUCACUGUUCUCAAAUAGUCUCUAUGGUCGAGCCCAACUAAGCCAAAAGCUGUCAGCUUUGACCUGCAGGGUCAGCAUAUCUCUGAGUACUGAUAUGCGACGAAGCUGCAUGCUGACUCCCUCCAGUUUGUGUUUCUGUAAAUUGCUUUGAGAUCCUGCCAAAGACGCGUGUCUGUCACAUGCUGUAUCCUGGGCGCCCUUUCAUCUGGCCUCUUCAUUUCGAAGCAAAAUUUUUAAAUCGGGCAUUUAAAUCAUGUUUACCUUCACUGACCUAAUGGAAUGACUUUUGAAGUCGUUUUAACGUCAUAUUAUGUAUUUUUUUUUAAUCUGUUUAUUGUUGGCUACAAGUUCAAUAAAGAUUGUAUAGAAUUGUACUCCA